AUGCACAUCACAAAUUUGAAUUCGUUGUUUGAAGAGUUCAAAGACACGGCCGCGCCGAGUGCACGGGACAAAGUGAAAUCCCUUUCGAAUUUGAUAGUAUCUUUAAAAGACCGCAGCCUUUCUCCAGAGAACACGACAACCACAAUAUCAUCAAUUAAGUCGUUGCUCGACGACAUCGACUGUUUUUCAAAGAAAAAGGAGAAUCGAUUUUCAGGUCAAAAAUUUGAGAAAUUGAAUAUCCUCAGCCUUCUCCCAGAAAGUGCUGACAUGGAGUGUGCGAGUUUAGUUUAUGAGAAAAUGAAGAACCUUCUGCUUGAAAGAAAAGAGUGUCUAAACGACCCAAAAAUCACUGCAAAUUAUCAAAAGAUCUUUGAGAAAUCGCACGGAGACAUUUUAAAGUUGUUCACUCUGUGCGAAGCAGACGUUUUCGCGCAACGCAUCUUUGCCCACAAGAAUUCGGAGACAUACCCCCAGCGCGCCAUCGGAGAGUUUUACGACAAAGUCGACAUGACGUCGGAGAGUUUCUCGCGGAUGCCCGCGAAGCUCUCGCUGACGAGUUUCGCGAUCCGCAAGAGUUCGACAAAAAUGCGCAUCAUCGGGGCAAUGGCGGUGAUGACGCACUUCCUCCAAACGCACGAAAUCGAGAACGACGAGAUGCUUCAUCGGAUGGAAGAGUAUGAAAAGAUGGCGUAUGUCGAUUUCGUGAACUUCUCGUCUCAAAUCCCCGCGUUAAUAGAGGACAUCACAUGUUUUGGAGCUUUGCAGUGUUACGAGGAGUUAGUCUUAGGUGCCAACGAGUUGAAACGGGUCUGUGUCGAGUUACUCAAAAUGAUUCCAAACAUCUUUAAAAAGGCCUCUGAAGUUGUCGGCGGCAAUGCGGCCGACUUAUAUCAAAGCUCCGAGAACGACAUUUCUGAAACGAUUUCUGGACUGAUUUCAUUCAUUAAAGAAAUCGACGUCUUUGAUAAGAAUGACAAGAGUCCAAAGGGGAUAGCUGGUAUUGAAGAGUCCAAAAAAGCACUUAAAAGUGCAGGGAGUUCUGUUUUAAGUGUUGUCUGGCACAUCAUCCACUUGAAGCCAAAAGAUGAGAAAAAUUUGAUAUUUCAUGCGUCACAAAGUGUUGAAUUGUGCAACGAAAUGUUCUUCAGGAACGAGCACUUGUUAUUCCUCGAAAUGAUUUCUUUAUUUAAUACUAUAAUUGUGAAUCUAAGAAGAUACACCUCCGCAGUCUAUUCUUUACAGAACAAAACAGAGACAUCUCCCAUCGAAGAGUCUAUUUUAGUCUCACAGAAAGUGAUCACAGCGAAGAACAAAGUCAUUGCUGGUGGGGUAGCUGGUUUAUUAAUAAAAAGUCGGACAAAUGCGCAGAUAGAGGACAUCGUCUAUUCCAUGUUAGUGCAAUUUGGGCAAAGGAUUUAUGACAUCUUAGAAGGCUUACCUGCAGGAAAUCAAGAGCUUGUAGCACAGAAGGUAAUGCAAACGAUCUUUGAGAAGUGUGACCAGACGCAACUCCAAAAGUUUGUGGCUGAAGACAAGUCGCCUCUAUUUAUCAAAUUAAAGAGUAUGUAUGGCGUGAUGGAACACUCAUUAAUGAAGAAAACGACGGAAGUGUUGUCACCGAUUUACGACUUCUUAAUACCAUCACAAGAACUUUCCCCUUUCAUGACACUGGCAGUCACAGACCCACAGAAUAUUGCAAAUCAAUUGACUACAAUUUCAUUCAAAAUGUACAAAAAGCUCAAGAUAUACGACUUCUUUGAGACGGGAGGAGUGGUGGACUUGAUCACUAAUAGAAUGGAAGACCUCGCGAGUUUCGUGUGCACAGCAACACUCACGUUCACGGAUUUUGCUAGUAGAGCUUUUAUGAAGAAUUUAUUUGCAAAUGUGUUGAGGUGCUUAAUUAACUUGGGAGACUUCAACUCGGCAUUUGGAGUCUACAGCGGUAUACAAAUGGUGAACUUGGACUUCAACAAAUGUUUUGUGCCCGAGAAACAGAAAGAGAUAUUUGCACAUGCAGAGAAACUCUUCACUAAUAGUAAAACAUUAAAAUCGACGUAUAAGAAGUUUAAAGUGUGUGUGCCCUAUAUUGGGACUAUACUCGAUAAUAUAGCAACAGUAAAGAGUGGUAAAUAUCAGUACUACGCAUGUGGAGAAGAACGUCUUGUUGACUUCACUAAACAAAAAGACAUCUACACACUUGCGAGUGAAUAUUUGAAAUAUCAAGAAGAAGACUACACAAUCGCAGCUAUCGAACCACUUAAUUCGUGUUUAACAACACUGGCCCGUUUCGAUCAAAGGUGUUUGGACCUCUUGAGACAGUACCAUGAGUAG